GUUUUUUCUCGUGGAGAGGUUAUUCAUGUGAAGAUACUUGGAAUUUUGGCUCUUAUUGAUCAGGGUGAAACAGAUUGGAAAUUAAUUGCUAUCAAUGUGAAUGAUCCUGAAGCCUCAAAAUUUCAUGAUAUUGGUGAUGUUAAGAAGUUUAAACCAGGUUACUUGGAAGCUACUCUCAAUUGGUUUAGAUUUUAUAAAGUGCCAGAAGGAAAACCAGAAAACCAGUUUGCUUUUAAUGGAGAAUUCAAGAACAAGGCUUUUGCUCUUGAAGUUAUUAAAUCUACUCAUGAAUGUUGGAAGGCAUUGCUUAUGAAGAAGUGUGAUGGAGGGGCUAUAAAUUGAUGUCAUUUUCUUCGAAUAAAGAAAGUAACAAAGAAGACCAAGUGUGGCACUUCCUUGGCAAAUGAUAGAACAUUUGAAGUUCUGCCAUCCAGAUUCCAAUGUCUAAGGACUCCAAGACUCAUUUUCCCCUAAGUGGUAGAGGCAAGCGGGUCUAUGAACAUUUGCUGGCUUCCUUUUGAAACUUUAUUUUUUUCAAACUUUUUGAGAUAUGCAAUAUGUAAAUAAACAUUGAAAUUUUUGAAUUAG